GAUGCACGUUGGAGCGAGUUUGCUGCUCCGCACCCUGGUGUAGUGGUGACGCCGGGAACGGAGCCAGACGUGGCUGCAACGGUGCGCUACUGUACUUCCAACCAUAUUCCUUUUGUGACUCAAAACGGCGGGCAUGGAUGGGCAGACACAGUCCACCUUGGAUCAGACGGACUAUUGAUCAACCUCAGAUCAUUGCGCACUGUUGUGUUCAAUGGUAACAAGUCGCAGGUCACAGUUGGUGGAGGAGUUGCUAUAUCGGAGGUUAUCUCCGCAGCCUCCAAGGCCGGCGCUCUUGUUCAAACAGGGAACUGCAACUGUGUAGGGGCCCUAGGUGCAAUUCUGGGAGGAGGAUACGGGAACCUGCUGGGACUCGUGGGGUUCGGCGUCGACAACCUGUUGUCAGUGAACCUGGUUCUUGCCGAUGGCCGCUUACAAACAGUCACCCCGAACGAUGAGGACCUCUGGUGGGCUUUGCGAGGUGCUGGGCCUAAUUUUGGAAUUGUCACAUCGGCAACAAUGAAAUCAUUCCCAGUAUCCCCUCCCGGCCAAACUGCCUGGUUUGGGCAGCUCGUUUAUCGCGGGGAUCAAGUCGAGGCGGUUGUUAAUACCAUUCAAAGCACCGCCCUCAAGCCCAAAAUGAGUGUUUUCCUUUACUUUAUGACCAGCGGUGCUCCAAGCUACACGCCACAGGUCGUUAUCACGCCGUUCUAUUAUGGCACUGAAGCGGAAGGCCGGGCAGCAUUCAAAGCCUUCCUCGAUCUCAAUCCAUCGAAAGAUACUACAACAGAGCUUCAAUAUCCACAUUGGAACGAUGGAGCAGACAGCUUCUGCAUUAAAGGUGGAUACAAACCGUCGUACUCUGUCGGUUUGGCCCGUAUGAACCCAAGCACAUGGAAAAAAGCCUGGGAUGAAUACGUCUCCUUUCUGGGAAUCAAUGGUACAAGCAGUAGCAUAGUCAUAAUGGAAGCUUAUUCCUUGGACACUGCGCGCGCUUUCCCUGAAUCGUCUAGCUCCUUUGCCUGGCGAAACCAUGUCAACUUCAACGCGGUCGCUAUGCCCUGGUACUACGAUAAACACUUAACACCGCAAGCCGAAGCCUGGGGCCGCAAACUUCGCGAUCUGUGGCGCUCGACAGACGGACUGGAUGCACCUGCUGCGUAUGUAAUCAUUUUCGUCUUAUUGUCAUUAUUCUGCUUUUCAGUGUACAUCAACUUUGCGCAUGGUGACGAGGCCCUCAGCACAGUCUACGGCAAUAAUGUGAACCGGCUGAAAGCUAUCAAGGAGAAGAUGGAUCCAAGCAGUGUGUUUGACCAAUGGUUUGAGGUUUGA